AUGGUUCGCCCGGCCUUCUCCACUCGAGGCAUCCUUCCCACCCCCCCAAGACCCGACCCUCGCUCUUGUUACCCCGGAUGUUCUCCCCGAUGGACCAACAUGAAGCCAGCCGAUAAGCACUUCCGCUGUACUAUCUGUCAGCGAGGCUUCACGCGAAUUGAUCACUUGAAAAGACACCAUUUACGCCGUAUGUGCCCCGCCCGAGAGAAGCCUGGAGAUGUGCUGAAGUCUGAACAGAUUCGGGCCAAAAGCCCUAUUCCUGCAUCUUCUGCAGUGAGUCAUUUGCGCGCUGGUCCUGACAACCUUCGCGACCACUACACGGAUUGCGCCAAACGUGGGGACCGCAAGAUCCCCGAAACAGGCCAGAGGGGCCGGCGACGACAUGCUUGUCAAUCGUGCACUUCUAUGAAGCUGCGGUGUGACGGUCAAAGUCCCUGCGGUUCGUGUCAAAAGAGAGGCCUCGACUGCAACAACGAGCGAACCGCCCUUCCCAAGCAUUCCGAACUCGACGAAGGCACCCCAUCGAGAGACCUUGUAGCUGGCAGGGUGGAUUCAUCACCGUCAGGGUCGCCAUCGACAAAACCCGAAAUGUACGAGCAGCCGUCCGAUCGCGGGUCGAUCAAAUUUCUCCUUAAUGGCGGCACCGACAGUUUCACGGAGCAAUUCCAACUUCCCCCACAUGCAGACCGCGCGCGAGGUUUUGUAUAUCAUAAUCAAAACGGCCUGGAAGGGAAGGCUACGGGUAUCUUCCCGUACAACGUGGAAGAUAACCGCACGGGGUAUCCACCCGCAAUGAUCGACUCCGAUCCAGCCACGCUCCAGUUCUUCCAAGACACGUUCCUGGAUUUUUUUAAUGGCCCUUUUGGCGAUCCCAACAAAGCCUUGGAAAAUCCGUACACCGGUGAAAUUACCUAUCAGGCGGUGGUCCCACCCGGUCAAGACCCCAACUUAGCCAUGCCGGCCGAACCAGCCAUUUUCGAACCAGAGCAGCCCUUUGCAUUGGCCUUGAUCCAAUCGAUAUUGGCACGAGCAUGGACCAUUCCACUUGAUGCCAAAGCCCAGGAAGAUCUCACCAACAAUCUCAACUUUUUGCUGACAACGGCGCGCAUACGAAAAUACAUUUCACUAUAUUUUCAAUAUUGGGAUCCGAGCUGCUCGAUGCUCCACUUCCCGUCUUUUGAUCCAGGAGCUGUUUCCCUGCCGCUCCUGGCUUCGGUGGUCUUUAUGGGCGCAAUGUACACGACUGAUCAAAGGGAGUCCUUUGUAGCCAAGAAGAUUCUUGACUUUGCAGAGCUCUUCAUCUUCUCGAGUGAUAUCUUUUCUGCAGAAAAUGAAAUCGUGACUGUGUUUUCGGGCAAUGAAUGCUACGAGGAUGAGCCCAACGACUGGGUCAAGUUCCAAAACUUCCAGGCCGGGUUCAUCAUGACUGUCGUCCAAUACUGGGCCGGGAGCCGCGUGUCUCGAAAUCGUUCUAUGGAGAAUCGAUUCAGUGAGGUUGUCAAGGUUGCUCGACGAAUCGGACUGGUGAAGUGCCGGCAUCUGCCGAACGACCCAGCCCUAGAGCAUUCAUGGAUUCAAAAAGAGUGUCGAAUUCGCACCGUUGCCAUCGUUUCGCUGCUCGAUUGCGCGUUCUUCUUUUUCCAGAACUACCCCUGUCGCCUCACGCAUUCUGAGAUGGAAUGUGACUUUCCCUGUGAUGAUAGUGUUUGGCGCUCCGAGCAUCCAUUUGCCGAGCCAAACUUCCGCUUUACCCGUGACCUGACAAUCUCGGACGCUUUUCAAUACCUCUUUGACGAUGCAUCCAAACAGGAUUCUCCAUACCGAUCGCCCGAACGGAACACCCUGGACCUGACUGUCUUGGACAUGUUCAUUCUAAUUCACUUGUUGUUUGCAUUUAUCAAUACCCACAUGACCCUUCUAGGACCUUUCAUUCGAAGCCAUUCGAAGAAAACCGCUCAAGCCGUGAGUGGCGGUGUGAUUGGCAAGAGCCUCAUUCCAGAAGACUCGAUUCUGGGCGCUAUCCGGGCUGCUUUGGGCCGGUGGCGUGACCAUUGGGAAGCGCUGCGCAACCAAGUCCCCAGUGACCAGUGGGCUUCAAUGGGCUUUUACAAGAACGGAUACAACUUCUGGCUUGUCUCGCAACUGCUCAUCACCAAGAAGGAUGCCGUUGACGUGGUGAUGCGGAUGGAAGUCCACUGCGAAGACAAGCUAGGCAAGCUGAGGGUGUUGUUGCUCGAUGAGAAGGACUAG